CCUUGAGGCAUCCCAUUUCAACUCCUCAGCUUCCAGUAAGAGGGGUGGGGGGGUAUUUAAGAGCGCUAGGUAGGAGUGGGGUCUGACCGCAGAGUCUACUGUUUAAGAGAAAGGGAAUUCUCCCUCCGUCUCUCUUUCACUCAGUCCCUAGAUCUCCUGGCUGCUCUCUCUCUCUCUUUCUCCCCUCUCACUGGCUACAGCAUCAGCAGGCUGGCUCUCUAGGUGGCAGGAAUAGAGUGACUGAGAGAAAGAGAGGAAAAUGACAUAACUGUCAUUGAUUUAGAAGGCAAAGACACAGACCCACAAGAACAUUUGUUUUAUUUGAGCCCAACUCUCUACUACAUUGAUUUAGCUCCAGUGGAGAGAUUCUGUGAAUUCAGUAGAAGGAUACAAGGGCAUCUUCGCCAUCUCACAGAUAGAACGACUCCAUUCUCCUGACAGAUCACGAGUUCUCCCAGCAGGACGUGACAGGACCUGGUCACCAUGGUGAUGAAAGGCCUGCUCCUAGGCUGUGUGACCGUGACCGUGUUGCUCCAGCUCUCCAGCGCCGGCCUGGUCAAGAAGAUCAUCCGCCACCGCAGAGAGACCCUGAGAGACCCCUCUGAGAACAUGACCCUGCCCCACCCUGACCAGCCAGUGAUCUUCAACCACAUCUACAACAUCAAUGUCCCCUCCAGCUCCCUGUGUUCCGUAGAUGUGGAGAGCCCCGGAGGAACCGAGAUCAAGCCCAAAGGAAGUCCAGUCCAGUCGGACAUGCAGACCACAGAGCACCUGGAGCACACGGUGGACGGGGAGAACCAGAUCGUGUUCACCCACCGCAUCAACAUUCCCAAGCAGGCGUGCGGCUGUGACAACCACAUGCACGACAUGAAGGACAUCCUGAGCAGGUUGGAGAUGCUGGAGUCUGAGCUGUCCAGCCUCAGAGAACAGUGUGGCAGUGGAACCAGCUGCUGUGGAGCUCAGAUUACAGGUGAGGUGGCCACCAAGCCUUACUGUAACGGCCGUGGUAACUUCAGCACUGAGACCUGCAGCUGUGUGUGUGAGCCCGGCUGGAAGGGACCCAACUGCACCGAGCCUGAGUGCCCCAACUUCUGCCAGGACCAGGGGCGCUGCAUCGACGGCAAGUGUGUCUGCUUCGAGGGCUUCGAUGGAGAUGACUGCAGUAUGGAGCUGUGUCAGGUGGACUGUGGGGACAACGGGGAGUGCAUCGACGCCAUGUGUAUCUGUGAGGAAGGCUUCACAGGGAACGACUGCUCCCAGACCAACUGCCUGAACAACUGCCUGGGGCGYGGCCGCUGCGUGGACGAUGAGUGUGUGUGUGACGAGCCGUGGACGGGCUACGACUGCUCCGAGCUCAUCUGUCCCAACGACUGCUACGACCGCGGCCGCUGCRUCAACGGAACCUGCUUCUGCGAGGAGGGCUUUACCGGAGUGGACUGUGGGGAGCCUAUCUGCCCCAGCAACUGUAACAACCGCGGGGUGUGCGUCAACGGCCAGUGUGUGUGUCACUCCGGCUACAGCGGGGAAGACUGCUCCAAGCUCACCUGCCCCAACGAUUGUACUGAGAGAGGCCACUGUUUCAACGGGAGGUGCAUCUGCGACCCAGGCUUCGAGGGAGUGGACUGUUCCAUUUUGUCCUGCCCAGACAACUGCAGCAACAGAGGCCAGUGUGUCAAUGGAGAGUGUGUCUGCAAUGCAGGAUUCGAGGGCGAGGACUGUUCUGAAAUCUCCUGCCCUAUGAAGUGUCUGAACCAAGGGAGCUGUGUGAACGGAGAGUGUGUGUGCAGUAAAGGCUUCGCGGGGGAUGACUGCAGCAUCAAGACCUGCCCCAAAGACUGCCUGGGACACGGCGAGUGUGUUGACGGCAAGUGUGUGUGCUUUGUGGGCUUCACAGGCAAAGAAUGCAGCGAGCUGACUUGUCCCAACAACUGUCUGAACCGUGGCCACUGUGUCAAUGGCCAGUGUGUGUGCAACCAGGGCUUUGCUGGGGAGGACUGCAAUGAGAAGACGUGUCCCAAUAACUGCCUGGAGAGGGGUUACUGCGUGGACGGGAAGUGUGUGUGCUUCGAGGGAUUCCAGGGCCUGGACUGUUCUCUGCUGACCUGUCCAGGAGACUGCGAKGACCAGGGGAAAUGUAUGAACGGAGUGUGUCUGUGUAACGAAGGCUUCAUCGGAGAAGACUGCUCUGAGGUGUCUCCACCCAAGGACCUGACAGUGCUAGAGGUCACCCAGGAGACAGUGGACCUCUCCUGGGUUAACGAGAUGCAGGUGUCAGAGUACCUGGUCACCUAUGUGCCAACCGCCCUUGGAGGCCUGGAGCUGGACAUGCGUGUGCCUGGGGAYAAGAAGACUGCCACCAUCAGUGAGCUGGAGCCUGGUGUGGAGUACCUGAUCAGUGUCUUCGCUGUCCUCAACAACAAGAGGAGUGUCCCUGUCAGUGCCAGGGUGGCAACACAUCUCCCUGAGCCUGAGGGACUCAAGUUCACAUCAGUGAGGGAGACUGCAGUAGAGGUUCAGUGGGACCCUUUGGACAUCCCCUUUGAUGGCUGGAACCUCAUCUUCAGAAACACUAAAGAGGAGAACGGGGAAAUUCUGAACUCCCUGGGCAGCCCUGACACCAUGUUUGAGCAGUCUGGGCUGGGACCUGGUCAGGAGUACGAGGUCAAACUGGAGGUGGUGAAGAACACACUACCAAGCGAGCCCCCCCCAGCACGCAAGAACGUUUUCACAAGUGAGUGUACAUCCAUUUGUUUACAGGACAACAAUUUACUCCUCCGGCAAAUAACCCCCCCCCCAAGUAUAUGCACUUGGUGGCACUGUAAUACCCAAGGUUACAGGUCAUAAUACAGCCUCAACGACAACCCCUCAGACAGGAACACAGUGGAGCUGUCCUCCAGCGACACACAGUACCACCUGGGCAGCCUGAACCCUGACACAGAGUAUGAGGUGUCUCUCAUGGCCAAGAGGGGAGAGAUGACUAGUGUGCCUGUGUCAGAGAACUUCCUAACAGACCUGGAUGCCCCGCGGGAUCUGCAGGCGGGAGAACUGACUGACGAGAGCAUCACUCUGGAGUGGAAGAACAGCCAGGCUAAAGUAGACAACUACCGCAUCAAAUACGGCCCCCUCUCUGGAGGAGACCACGGGGAGCUGCUGUUCCCUACCGGACCCCUGGACACCACCCAGGCCAAGAUCACUGGCCUGAGACCUGGGACAGAGUAUGGGAUGGGAGUGACUGCCGUGAAGAGUGAGCGUGAGAGCCUUCCUACCACCACCAAUGCCGUUACGGCAUUGGAUGCGCCUAAAAACCUUGAGGUGGAGUCUUCCACUGAGACUCAGCUGGUGCUGGUGUGGCAGAAGCCGGUGGCUAAGAUCGACAAGUACAAGUUGCUAUAUGUGUCAGCCGACGGGUACAGGGCUGAGUUGACGCCCUUCUCCAAUGACAUCAAGUUCACCCUGAGGAACCUGACGCCUGGCAUGCUGUACACUAUAACCCUGACCGCUGAGAGGGGACACAAGCAGAGUGGCCCCACAACCAUCUCAGCAGCAACAGAAGCUGAACCCAUCGUGGAGUAUCUCUUGGUCUCCGACGUCACAUCAGACAGCUGUAAACUGGCCUGGUCAGCGGAAGAGGACCUCUUUGAUAGUUUUGUCAUUAUGAUCAAUGAUACAAACGACGACCUCGCUUCUCCGCAAGAGGUGGUCGUGCCCGGGGAGGAGAGAACAACAGUGCUUACUGAGCUAAUUGAGGACACAGAGUACAAAAUUGAGCUCUAUGGAGUCAUUUCGGGACAGCUCUCCAAUUCUAUUUCCGUGGUGGCAAAAACAGGGCUGGGCACACCCACGGGCAUCCGCUUCUCUGAAGUCACUGAUACCUCUGCCACCGUACACUGGGCAAUCCCCAGAGCUCGAGUGGACAGCUUCCGUGUCACUUAUGUCCCUGCUCAGGGAGGCGCUCCCAAGACUGUGACAGUGGGUGGAACUGAGACUCAGACCGUGCUGCCAAACCUGACCCCUGGAGUUACCUACCAGGUGUCCGUCAUUUCUGUGAAGGGACAGAAGGAGAGUGAGCCAGGCUCCAGCAGCGUCACCACAGCUCUGGACAAGCCCCGUGGUCUAACCGCAGUCAACAUCACUGACACUCAGGCUUUGCUCCACUGGCAGCCUGCCAUCGCCACUGUAGACGGAUAUGUCAUCACCUACAGCGCAACACUGGUUUCCCCAGUGAUGGAGAGAGUGUCUGGGAACAUUGUCGAGUUUGAGAUGAGCUCCUUGACCCCUGCCACCCACUACACUGUCAAGGUCUAUGCCAUGAGAGCGGCUGCUAAGAGCGCCGUCACCACAACUGAGUUCACCACUGAUGUGGAUGCCCCUCAGGACCUGGCAGCCAGUAACAUCCAGACAGAGAACGCCAUGUUGACUUGGAAGGCCCCACGCGCUGACAUAACCGGCUACAUCCUCAGCUUCGAGUCAGCUGACGGCACAAUCCGGGAGGUUGUCCUGAGCCCCACAGCCACCUCCUACAACAUGGCCCAGCUGAGUGCCUCCACUGAGUACUCCGUCAGACUGCAGGCCAUCGCAGGGCCCAAGAGGAGCAGAGUCGUCACCACCGUCUUCACCACCAGUGGUGUGGCGUUGUACAAACACCCCAGGGACUGCUCCCAGGCCUUGCUGAAUGGAGACACAGCUUCUGGUGUUCACACCAUCUACCUGGGUGGAGAUGAGAGUCAGCCCAUACAGGUCUACUGUGACAUGGACACGGAUGGAGGUGGAUGGAUUGUGUUUGUCCGACGCCAGAGCGGUAAACUGGAGUUCUUCCGCAACUGGAGGAACUACACUGCUGGCUUUGGUGACACGAACGACGAGUUCUGGCUCGGCCUGUCAAACCUCCAUAAGAUCACAGUAGCAGGACAGUAUGAACUCCGUGUGGACCUCAGAGACAAGGGGGAUGUAGCCUACGCCCAGUAUGACAAGUUCUCUGUCUCUGAUCCCCGCAGUCGCUACAAGGUCCACGUUGGAGGCUACAGCGGGACCGCGGGUGAUUCUAUGACCUACCACCAUGGUCGCCCRUUCUCAACCUACGACCAUGACAAUGACAUCGCCGUCACAAACUGUGCCCUGUCCUACAAGGGUGCCUUCUGGUAUAAGAAUUGCCAUCGUGUCAACCUUAUGGGACGAUAUGGAGAUGACAGUCAUAGCAAGGGAGUCAACUGGUUCCAUUGGAAAGGCCACGAGCACUCCAUUGAGUUUGCUGAGAUGAAGAUCAGGCCAUCCAACUUCAGGAACUUUGAGGGAAGAAGGAAGCGAUCGUAAACCAACCGACCAAUCCACGCUCCGACCCCUCUCCUCCGCUUCGUGACCCCUGAACCCGUCCUCCAUCCUCUGCCCCUGCUGAAUCCAGGGUAGCAUUCCAAAUGGCACCCUAUUCCCUAUGUAGUGCACUACUUUACGGGCCCUCGUCAAAAGUAGUGCACUACAUAGGGAAUAGGGUGCCAUUUGGGGCACAACCCACACCUCCCUGCAGCUACCAAAGCCACUGCCAAGAGCCCAGCCACCUCAAAUGACACCCCUCCUCCUGCUCACUCACAGAAAUAAGCACAGAUUCAGUCAAAUUCACUACAAAUUCCACUAUCCAACCCCACCUGAUACAAAAUGGUUGUGUGCAGUAUAAAUACUGUCAAAGCCAAAUUGAUGUGAAAAAAAAUGAACUCCACCAACCAAGCCCACGCUGAUUAAACAUGCACCAAAGAGAGCUUAAUCUAUGAAACCCGAGUAUAAAGCAUUUCUUUCUUUCUUCUCACUCUCACAAUGUUACAGCACUAAGCGGAGGGGUGCAUUUGAGUCUGGUAUGGCAUGGCACAUUAACAUGUAGAAUACUGAUGUUUUCUGCCUCUACAGUGUGUCCAUCUCCUCCAGCCACAGUAGCUUGUUCAUUAGGGUGUUUGCAGAGAGGGCAUGGCUGUCUACAUACAUGUGGUCUUGUUUUAGUGUCAGGGCCUCUUCAAUAAUACUGGUAACCUCUAAACUGGAUUAUAGAAAUGAUAUUCUUUGAAUAACACAACACCCAACAAAAGCACAUACUGUACAGUGUGUACAUUCAAUUCCAUCAUCCGGAUUGUAGUGAUGUUAUUGAUCUCCUGGAUUGAAGUGAGAUUAUUGAUCAAAAAGGAUUUUCUUCGUAAACCGCACGACUCGUUCAAAUGUCAAAUGUCUAUGUCAAAUGGAGCGAGAUCACAUAGAAAGCUCACCGAGAAAGUCCUAUCUUGUCAUUCAUUAGUCUAUGUGUGACUCGUCCUUUGUCACUUGUUCUUUCCCUCUCUCCCUCUCCCGAAAUCCCCUUUUCACCUCAACCUGCAAACUGUCAUCUGAAAUGAUAUGGGCAAAAUAAAUGACAUUCUGAAUAUGGAUCAUCUGCUGCAUCCCACAGACAUAUGUGGAUGACAUGACGUGUUUCCAUUGGUUGUGUGGGUCAUGCAAGUGCUGUGCAAUUGUUUCUUACACAUUUACCUGAGCUAGUACUAUUUUUUCCUCCAGCUAUCAUGCAUUAGUAGCUACAGGAUCCAGAGAAAAAAGUCAAUGUGUUUGAUUUGUUUUAUUUCCUUUAUAAAUCCAAGGCAGGACCUAUUAUUCAAUAUAUAAUGAAAUGGUGGGUGAUUGUUACAUUUUUGCAAAAUGUGAAAUACAUAUGUGGAUACAUAUAUGUAUGCAACAAGAGUCAGAGGGGAAUAUUGUAUUGAAAUACAAAAUAUAUUGAUGCUGAAAAUAGUUUAAUGGCCAAUUCCAAUUGACAUUGUAAGGUCACAAUGUUCACUUUGCUGAGAAACAUCUAUUUGGGCACACCAACAUUAACUAAGGAGAAGUUUAGUUAAGAGGGGAAUAUUGUGUUGAAAUACAAAAUAUAUUGACGCUGAAAAUAGGUUAAUGGCAAAUUCCAACUGACAUUGUAAUGUCACAGUGUUCACCUUGCUGAGAAACAUAUAUUUGGGCACACCAAAAUUAACUAAA